UACAUCGUACUCAUUUACAGACAAAGCACACAGAGUAAGGAGCUCUAGGCUCUACGUUAAGUUUAAGUUUCUAACUCGUUUUUUCUUCUUUUUCACGUCCACUACAUCAUUCAUUUUCAAGUACAAUGGCACCAGAUACUGGAAAAAACAUGGGAGACACAAACUAUGUACAAGGCAAACAACGUGAUGAUGGUAAUAAUAACUAUGUCCAACAACCUGCGAUAAAUGAUCCACAUUUGUAUGACGAGACGCUCAACAUUGUUCAGUUUACUAUUUUUUCGAUUGUUGGAAGAGAUGCCAAUCGAAAUCCUUCGCAAGUUGCCAAGAGAGUGAAAGAAUUAGUCCUGCAGAUUUUGUUAAAGCACGAGAUCUUCGAUUCACUUUGUGCGAAUGCGAAUUUUUCGUCGACAACAAUGCAAUCAGAUUUUAUGGCCGUCUCGGAAAACAUCUUUAAUGAUGGUCACAUAAACUGGGGACGUAUCAUUUCAUUGCUUGCUUUCGGCGUUAAGGUUUCACAAUAUUUUCGCGCAAGAAGAAUUGAAAAUAUUGACGAUGUUGUUGUGGAAUUGACGACACAUUUUCUUGUGAAGGAAUUGGGUCCUUGGAUACGUGUAAAUGGAGGAUGGGCUGUAUUCUUGGUUAGGAAAUGGAGAAUAUAUAUGUUUUAAGAAAGAGAGAGCAUAAGUACUUUUAUAAAGUAGAAAACAUGGAAACAGAGAAAAUGAAUACUUUAGGAAACAGAGAAUGUGAAUACUUUGGGAAACUUUGAAAAUGAAUACAUCAGAGGACUUGCAGGGAACAUGAGUAUCUUUAUGAAACAUAGCGUGUGAAUAUGUUUUUUCAAAAACGAGACUUUAUAAAACAAAGAACAAAAAUGCUCGUGGGAACAAAGAACAUGAAUACACAGGAUGAUAUUGAACAUGAACACUUAAGGAAAUGAAAAUUUUAAUCUAUUUUACUGAUGAGACAGACAUGCUAAAUAUGGUAGCAACUAUUAUGGUUGGCAAGCUUGUUUUAAAAUACUGUUUCCUUACUGGUACUAACUGGUGUAAUAUGUAUGGUUUUACAUGUUUGAACUUGAAAGAUCAAUUUUUCUGUUGUUUUGCCUAGCUCUUCCAUAUAUGGCAUUUUAAUUACAUUCCUGUAAGUCUGAUCAAAUUUCUGUUAAAAUAUUUCCCCACGAGACCAAUGACCUUCAGCGACAUGAAAUCAAAUAUGUAAACAUUGACUUAAAAUAUUAUAAUAAUCCACCAUCAAA